AUGUAUCAUAAUCAACAGCCAAAUAUCGAGAGGGUUAUUUACCAAGAUGAGGUUAAUUCAUUGCUGAAGGCUAUUUCUGCGGUAAACCUGAUAUCAUUAGAGAGAAUCUUGGAUAGUAUCUCAGAAAGUUUUGACUUAACUCAAGUACUUAACCAAGAAAAUGGAUAUACAUUACUUCAUUUAGCUGUUUUCAAAGAUUCUGAGAAAAUUAUAUCAAUGCUCUGAAAGCAUAUAAUGACGAGACAAGGUGAUACCUUGGAGAACAAUAAAAAGAAAAUGAAAAAUUGGAUUAACAGAAAAACUGAGGGAAAAGAAGGAUUCACCGCAAUCCAUCUUGCUUCUUUCAAUGGAAAUUUGACAAUCAUUCGAUUUUUAGAAAGGCAUGGAGCUGAUAUUUUUGCUGAAAAUAAUUUUUCUCUAAAUGGUCUUCAUGUCUCUGCACAAGGAAAUCAACCCUCUGCCACUGUGUAUUUCUUGAACAAAAACUUCGAUGUAAAUUGUAGAGAUAGAGUUAUGAGUACACCUUUACAUUGGGCAUGAUAUUCUGGAGCAGAAACAACAGUAGCUUAUCUUCUUGCUAAUGAUGCAGACCCAAAUGCUCAAGAUAAUGAUGGGCAUACACCUCUCCAUCUAGCUAUUAAGUCUUCGGAUGUAGUGAAGAAUUCAAGGAUUGUCAAACAAUUGCUAUUUAAUGGUGCUGAAAGAAAUCUAGAGAAUUUUGAGGGAUUUAGCCCAAUGGAUUAUGCUAAUGGAAUAAAAAUUCACCAUAUAUCAACUGAGAUAAAGAAGUCUCUAGCUGAGCCAAAAUAUUGCUCCUUCUUGCUCCUCACCCAACCUUUAAAGAAGAUGAACAAAGAGAUCCAUACCGCAGUCAGCUUUGUGGUGCUAAUGGCUCUUCUUUAUGCAAUCAUGUGGUUUUAUGUUUUCCCCUUUACCGAGAGUUCUGAGUGGAAUUAUACUUUAGACGUGUUGUUUGCUUUAUCAUUUAUUUUAUGGUUAAUAUCAGCCAUCAAAGAUCCAGGCUACAUGAAAAAGAGUGAUAAAUUAGAGUUCAUCACAUUAGUUGAAAAGCUUGAUCCUGCAUGUUUAUGUCCUAAAUGUCAUAUUAUGAGAACUCCAAGAAGCAGACACUGAACUAUUUGAGACCAAUGAGUUGAGCGAUUUGACCAUCACUGUCCUUGGAUAAACAAUUGUAUUGGAACAGGAAAUCACGGAGUGUUCUUUAUAUUCUUGAUCUUUAUGUAUUCCUUGCUUGUGUGAGUGUUGAUCCAAGUUAUUUUUAACUCUUCCAUUUACAAAGGGAUUAGAUUCCUUCUACUAAUGACUUGAGGGUUCUUUUGGCUUUUACUUAGCCUUCUUCUGCUAAAACAAACCUGUGUUAUCUUCCAAGAAGGAGGCUCUAAUAGAAAAGAAUUUGGGAGAUCAAAACCCAACGAUGAAAAUAAUUUAAGCGAGAAAUCUUUUGGGGAUAGUGAAGCUCAAGCUGCAUUACUUAGGAAUGCUUCCAUAGAUUCUUCUCUUGAUGAUAGGAAUAAAGGAAGAUGAAGGAAUUUCAUUUCGGUUAUCAAAGGAGGAGAAAUGAAAGAUCAGUAUAAAAUCUUCAUAAAAAGUAUGAAAAGAGCUGGGACAAACUGCUUCGAUUCACCACUUAAUGACAAGAACUUCUACUAA